AUGUCCCCGCCUCUCGGGAAGAACGUCAAAAGCAUAACGGUCGCACACACGGAGCGAAAGGAAGACAAGAAACCGCGCGAGGCCAUCGCCCAACAAUUGCCACAGCACAGUGCCCGCCCGACAGAGAGCCCAACUGCAAGAGCAAAUAGAUUAUUCCAGGCCGCAAAGGCCCAGCUGGAGUCGUCGGGGAACUUGAAGUCGACCAUCAAGGAGGGCGUUCUGGACAGUCUGUCAGGACUGUACGGGACAGUCCUCCAGGUGGACGAGCGCCUUCGUUCCCUGGAGCUCCAGCUGGAGCAGUUGCGGUCCGAAAAAGAAAAAGAGCUCAGAAAAUCAGUGGAAGAAAAGGAUAGAGUAAUAGAGGAGCUGGCUCGGGGCAUGCAUAAGGACAUUGGGGUAAAAAUCGGGGAGCUCGUCACCAACACUGAAACAAUCAAGAAAAUGAUAAAUCACGACAUUAUGAACCGGUUUGACGAGUAUCCCCCGGGUAGGGCGCUGUGCGGGAACAUUAAAAAACUAGAGGGCCUAAUGGAAGAAAUGAAGGAAGUAAGGAAGACGAGUGAACGGACUAGUAAAAAGUGGAGGAAAGUGCAAAAGUGA